AUGAGCCGACAGCCACAGCCCCAGGCUGCGCGGACAGUGCGCUCCGCGUCUCUCCCGGUGUCGCCGACUUUGCCCAUGUCCCAGUAUGCGUCCCGCUCAGACUCCAAGGGUGCUUUGGACAGCAGCAGCCCCGAUGCCAACACGGAAGAUGACAAGACCGAGGAGGACAUGCCUGCGCCCAAGAACUAUCUGUGGCUCACCAUCGUCUCGUGUUUUUGCCCAGCGUACCCAGUCAACAUCGUGGCUUUGGUCUUCUCCAUCAUGUCUCAGAACAGCUACAAUGACGGAGACUACGAAGGAGCCAGGAGGCUGGGGCGCAACGCCAAGUGGGUGGCCAUCGCCUCCAUCAUCAUCGGCCUGGUCAUCAUCGGUGUGUCAUGUGUGGUGCACUUCUCCAGGACGUAAGUAGGCCUUCUGAACCCCUCCUGCUACUGAAUGCUUUUCUCGAAUGCUCGUGGGAAUCUACUGGGCUAGGUUAAGAUCGGCUUUGAUAAUAAAAUCAACAGGGUCUUCACGUUUUCUCCAUGUUACACAGACCAUGCAGGGCGGGUGCAAGGUCUGCUUCCAAUGCAGUCACUCGGAGAGCCAGGCUGUCAAUCACUCCACCAUAUUCUAGCAAUUCCAUCAGCUUGACACGACUGUAGCCAUCUUGAGUCAUGGCUGCCAUGACUGUCCAAAGAAUGACCCGAGUCAGUUUUUCCUGCAUAGGUUCCCAUCAAACUACAAGUAGACAAAAACUAUCAAAGUAGAAAGUCGAACUUUACAAUCAGAUCCAGGCUUGAAAGGGUACAUCUGAACCUUCAAUAGCAUCUGAAGAGAAACUAGGCACACUCCAGCAAGGAUGAAGUCACCUCUUCCCUCCUUUUUGACCCAAGUUGUCGGGAUCCAACUGUUCGUGUGCUGCCUGGAACCAAGGUUUCAUCAGCAAGUCCCCCCAGGAAAGUGCACUCCACAAUCCUCGAUCUGGCAUAUCAAGGCCGGUCUUCCCACACGGGGGCUAAAUUGCUUUGGCGUGGUAGUAAAUAUUCCAGGCCUUGCAGGACAUGUGGUCCCUACCACCCCACCUCUGUCGUAAGUACUGAGCUUGCCGCUGGGACACAGCAGCAGUCAUAGACAGCGUGCGAAUGAUCGGUGUGGCUGUGUUCCAGCAAAACUUUACUUACAAAAGCAAGUAUUUUCAGCUGGGGGCUGUAGUUCCCCAACCUUCGUUUCUAGAACAGGAAGUGAUGUCAGGCUAAGGCGGGGAGUGAAGAAGAUCAGAGAACCUAUGCGGUUUUCCGCUGCCGGAGCAAAUGUCACUUGGGCUCACAAUGAGAUGACUGAAGCCUGUCUCGUGGCCCCACCCGACUGUCAGAGGGUAGGAGAUGGGAAGGCGUAAGUGGAACAUCUAAUACCUGCAUGUCUGCAAAAGUAUGCCCUGCGUGACUUUGCAGGUGCUUGCCUCAUUCCUAGUUCAAGGGCGGAAAAGCCAUGUGCUUUGGGGUCACCCCUGAGCUCUCCUGUCAUAAAGAGAGGAACGUUGAUGCUUCUCUCUGGACUUACACAUAUUUUUCUUCUGAAUUCUCUAAUAAGCUGAAAUGAACUUCCCCUGAUAGCAUCGAUGCCAUUUUCCAUCGGAGUUUUGACAGGGGCAAAGGACACGUGGUGCGUAGCCUGGGCCCAGAAAAAAAGAAGCACAAACCCACGGGGCCAAGAAUACGUUAGCUUUUCUUCCUGGGCAACUAAUUCUUCCACAUCCUUGACCAAAGCACUUUGUCCCUUAAGCUGAGAAGGCCAACCUUUUUUUGGCUUCGUUGACCAAAGAGACUCUCAUGGGUGGAUGAGGGAGGAAGUCAUAUCCUUAACCUGGAUAGAUCAGCCAGCCUAACCUUGGCAAUCGAGGGGACAGAGGAUGCCACGGGAGAUCAACUUCCUGUCAGAUAAGCCAGAGAUCCACCAGCAAUGAGGACCAGGUGGAUGUGGGAGCUCACGUCCUAACAGAAAGUGUCCCAGGGGAAAAAUAAACACAUUGCAGUGUCCCAAGAAAGGGACACUACAAGAGCAAAGGGAACUCAGAAGUUUUGUUUAGAUGACACGGAUGUCAUCAUCAAGUUCUUUAAAACCUGCUGAUAUGGGCCUGGAAUCGGGGGAAGAUGAGAAUAUUGGAGGACAGAUGAGAACAUGCUGGACUUCGUUCUUA